AUGGCGGCAGUACAGACGCGGCAAGCACUUACCAGCACAUCCGUCGGCAACCUUGAACUGAACAUCCAAUCUCGGAUUCCAAACCUGAGGCCAGGAACGCUGCUGUGCAGAGUCGAAGCAGUGGGGCUCAACCCGGCCGACUUCAAGUCCAGUGACCAUGCCACUUCGCCUGGCUCUGUCGGCGGCUUCGACUUUGCUGGUGUGGUGUUGGAAGUCGGCACUGGCGUGACGAGGUUCUCUGUCGGUGAUCGCGUGGCAGGUGCUGCCUAUGGCUACAACCCAGACGAUAAAGAGCUCGGGGCCUUCACCAACGUGGUGCUGGCUGCCGAGGAGUUGACGUUGAAGCUUCCUCCGAGCUGGACGUUCGAGCAAGGAGCCACCCUCGGCGUAGUGGUAACGACGGCAGGUUUUGGCCUGAAUCACUACUUGCAGGUCCCGAUUCCGGGCGAAGAGGCGACACAAACCGGCGGCAGGGACCAAUUCGUCCUGGUGUCUGGCGGUGGCACGGCCAGCGGCAUGGUUGCGAUCCAGUGGCUUCACCUGGCAGGAUUCAAGCCUCUGGCCAGCUGCUCGCCCUCAAGCAUGGAUCUGGUACGAUCACUCGGAGCCGUGGCCACAUUCGACUACCGCGCCCCUACCUGUGGGGCAGACAUCCGGAGGUUCACAGAAGGCAGGCUCGCACAUGUGCUUGACUGCGCCCCAAGCGUGGAGGGCACCGAGUCGAUGAGAAUGUGCUACGCUGCCAUCGGUCCGAAAGGAGGACGCUACGUAGCGCUGAACCCCAUCUCAACGCUUGUCAAGUACACACGCCGCGACGUGAGCGCUGACUGGCUGAUGGCGGUGGCCAUGUUCGGGGAGACAGUGUCACUGCCCGGUGUCUACGGCCGACCAGCGAGGCCUGAGCUACGAACAUUGGCUGCUCGUAUCUUCCGGACGGCAGAGAUGCUCAUUUCUCAGGGCCUUCUGACGGAACCAAGGUUCCAGAUCCGGGCUGGCGGUCUUGGAGCUGUUGGCCAAGGUGUAGAGGAGCUGCGAAGGGGUCUGACAGGAGGAAAGCUGGUUUUUCCGCUCACUUGA